AUGCGCAAAUUGUAUUUGCUGCUUGUAAGUUUGUGUUUAUCACUAUCAAAAAUUGAUUCUGCCAAAAUUGUAGCCCUGGUUCCAUUUCCAUGCAAGAGUCAUGCAAUCUUGGGCAGCGCAUUGCUGCGAGAAUUGGCACGUCGCGGACACGAAGUGACCAUGAUAAGUUCGUUUCCUACAAAGGACAAUAUGAAAAACUACCGAGACAUCUAUGUCGAUCCAACCGCUGCCCUGGACGCUCACACGGAGACGAUCAUCAAGGCACCCCGAUUCCCGCUGCUCAAAGCAGUUGCUGCGCUUGAGUGCACCACCCGAGUAAGCGACGCUUUCCUAUCCGAUCCAAGCGUUAAACAGUUUCUCGCUGACGGCGAACGAUUUGAUUUGGUCGUGAGCCUCGGCAAAGAAUCCCUUCUCGGCGUCGGGCAUGCGUUGAACGCGUCGACGAUUAGAUUCAAUAUGCUUGGAAUGCAUUCGAUUUACGCUGCGUUUACCAUGAAUCCAUUGCCCUCAGCGUACGUGCCACACUUCCUGUUGCCGUACAGCGACGACAUGAGCUUCUUCCAGCGCACGCUGAACACAAUCAUGAAUUUGUUCUUUGACGUUUACAUAAAAUACGUGUGGAUUCACACCGAAAAUGCCGUCGUGCAGAAACAUUUUCCAGGCGCACCGCACUUGACCGAACUGCAACGUGACGUCGAUGUGACGUUCGUCAAUUCUCACAUGGCGAUGGAGAAUGUCCGCCCUCACAUGCCGAAUGUAAUUCAAAUAGGCGGGUUUCAUCUGAAGGAAAAAGAAAUUUUACCGAAAGACAUAAAAACUUUCUUAGACAACGCCACUCAAGGUGUUAUUCUGUUCAGCAUGGGCUCUAGCAUUCGAGCGGAAGUGUUGCAAGACAAAUUAAACGAGGCGUUAAAGUGCUUUGCCACGUUGCCGUACCAAAUCCUAUGGAAGCACGACGAAGACGUGCCAGGACAACCGGACAAUGUAAAAACGAUAAAAUGGCUGCCGCAGAAAGCCGUCCUGAGCCAUCCAAAUCUCAAGCUUUUUAUUACGCACGCCGGCCUGGGCAGCGUGCUGGAGUCGCUUUAUUAUGCCGUACCGAUGAUCGCGCUGCCCAUCUAUCUAGAUCAACACAAGAACGCGGCCCAGAGCGUCCGCAACGGGGUCGCAAUUCAAUUGGAUGUGCAGACGCUGACCGCGGAUAGAUUGCUAUGGGCAAUUAGGGAGAUGACCGCAAAUCCGGCGUACGCCAACGAGAUCGCUGUUAGAUCAGCAGCAUUCCGUCAUCAGGAAGUCGAUCCAAUGCAGCGCGCCGUCUAUUGGGUCGAACAAGUUAUCAAGCAUAAAAACGCCAAUUACCUCAAGUGCAUCGCCAAGGACAUGCCCAUGUUCCAGUACUAUUUGCUCGACGUAUUCGGCUUCAUAUUUUUAUUUAUUGCUGUUUUUAUAGCUGCAUUUAGUGUCAUCGCUAAAAAGUUAUGGCGCUGUUCGAGGGGAAUCAUAAAAAGAAAAGUUAAACAAACAUAAAAAUAUUAAAUUUAUAACUUAUAAAAAAUUAUCUUUAUUGAUUUAAAAAGUUAUUACGCAUAUGCUCUUUGAGUAAAUAUUUUAUUUUUAAAGUUAAUAAAAGCCAUACGAAAAUCA